GAUAAAAGCCCCGAUGGUGAUCGUGAGUGAUGGCAAGAGGAUUUAGCCUCGGCAUUAACUUGGAGCGGAGUGCAGGGGGGCAGUGAAGCGCCCGCCAUCUGGCCCGCGCCGCGCCGGGGGGAUGCCCCGGCUCCCCGACAAGCCGCCGCGAAGCCCACCCGGGCCGGGGGCUGCCCGGCGCCGGAGCGCAGGUCCUCCCCGGGCCGCCCAGGGGGGCCAAAAAGUUUGCACUUGUUAGCGGCGACCUCCCGCUCCGCCCCGGCGGGCGAUGCGGGCGGCGCGGGCGGCCCCCUCCCCCGGCCCGCGUCUCCGGGACGGCUGCGGGCGGCCCCCCCGGCGGCCGGAGGGCUCCCCGGCCCCGAUCUGACGGCGGCGGCGGCGGCGGCCACAGCCGCGGGAGCGGCGCGGGGAAGGAGCAGCCGCUCGCAGCCCUCGGCCCGCGCCCCCACCCAGCGCCAGCCCGAGGGGGGAGGCGCAGCGCCGGAGGGUGGCGGUCCUCGGCCCUCCCGGGUCUCCGCGCCGGGAAGCCGCUCCGAGCCGGGGUGUUGUUGCUAAUGAGCUCUCUCUCUCCUCCCCUCUUACAAUGAAAGACAAGCCAGACCCCAGGUACCUGGAUGGAUUGAGAGCUGAGAUCUCAGAAACUUCAUAAUAAGUUGCCGAUGGCUACCAGCCAAGGCUGGAGGGUUGUUUUGCAGUUGUGUUGAGCACGUCACCCAUUAAGAGCCCUUUAAAGACCUGGAUUGAUUGGAAGGACAAAAAUUAAAAGCAAUCUGAUCCGGCCUCAUGCAGGAUCCCUGCGGAUUUUCUCCUUAUCCCAUUUCCAUCCACUGUCACAAUUUGAGAGUCUGCCUGAUUUGAUCAGAUUCACCUCCAAGGGGAGGUGUGAUGACAAGGUUAGGAGGACGUGAAGUUGUGGGCAACUUUCUGAUCUGUCCAUCAGCAGUCUGAGAAACGCUGGCUCUGAAUUUUCCAUAUCGGCCUUUUGGAAACAACAAGUUCCUCGCUGUUUGCAAAGCUUCAGUGCUUGGGUCCCUGGGACACCCGGCCACCCUCGCCUGGUAGAUGUGGCAUUUCCAUGCUGAGGCCACAAGUCCCGCCUGACCCCGUCGCUGCCUCUCCAGGGCUUCUCUGGGCCGCGCCCCUGCGGACUGCACAGCCAUGCUGCACCUGCUGGCGCUCUUCCUGCACUGCCUCCCUCUGGCCUCUGGGGACUAUGACAUCUGCAAAUCCUGGGUGACCACAGAUGAGGGCCCCACCUGGGAGUUCUACGCCUGCCAGCCCAAGGUGAUGCGCUUGAAGGACUACGUCAAGGUGAAGGUGGAACCCUCAGGCAUCACGUGCGGAGACCCCCCUGAGAGGUUCUGCUCCCAUGAGAAUCCCUACCUGUGCAGCAACGAGUGUGACGCCUCCAACCCGGACCUGGCCCACCCGCCUAGGCUCAUGUUCGACAAGGAGGAGGAGGGCCUGGCCACCUACUGGCAGAGCAUCACCUGGAGCCGCUACCCCAGCCCGCUGGAAGCCAAUAUCACCCUUUCGUGGAACAAGACCGUGGAGCUGACCGAUGACGUGGUGAUGACCUUCGAGUACGGCCGGCCCACGGUCAUGGUCCUGGAGAAGUCCCUGGACAAUGGGCGCACGUGGCAGCCCUACCAGUUCUACGCCGAGGACUGCAUGGAGGCCUUCGGCAUGUCCGCCCGCCGGGCCCGGGACAUGUCGUCCUCCAGCGCCCACCGCGUGCUCUGCACCGAGGAGUACUCGCGCUGGGCGGGCUCCAAGAAGGAGAAGCACGUGCGCUUCGAGGUGCGGGACCGCUUCGCCAUCUUUGCCGGCCCCGACCUGCGCAACAUGGACAACCUCUACACGCGGCUGGAGAGCGCCAAGGGCCUCAAGGAGUUCUUCACCCUCACUGACCUGCGCAUGCGGUUGCUGCGCCCGGCGCUGGGCGGCACCUACGUGCAGCGGGAGAACCUCUACAAGUACUUCUACGCCAUCUCCAACAUCGAGGUCGUUGGCAGGUGCAAGUGCAACCUGCACGCCAACCUGUGCUCCAUGCGCGAGGGCAGCCUGCAGUGCGAGUGCGAGCACAACACCACCGGCCCCGACUGCGGCAAGUGCAAGAAGAAUUUCCGCACCCGGUCCUGGCGGGCCGGCUCCUACCUGCCGCUGCCCCACGGCUCUCCCAACGCCUGUGCUGCUGCAGGUUCCUUUGGCAGCAUCAGCAGGUCCCAGAAAGACCCCGACCCCAAAGGCCCUGUGGCCACUGCGGCCACCACAGCCAUGACAGGGGCCCCCACUGCUCCUGUCCCCUCCACGUCCACUGCCUGGGCCCCCACGGCUCCCAGCACCCCACAGCCCACAGGUGGGUGCCAGGGUACAGUGACCCCUGCCAUCCCACCCUCUGCUGCUUCUAGCCUGGGUCCCCUCCUCUCUUGGGGUGGGAGGGUCGGCAGCCCCGUGCGGGAGAGCAGGGACUUGGCUCUUAGAAUAGAGACGCUAGAACCCUAGAGAUGGGAGGCCACAGGCCAAAGGGGCUUCCAGGUCACCUGGGUCAACCUGUUCCUGAGCCCAACCAGGGGAUUCAAUGGUCAGUUCAGCUUCCGAAAUCGCCUUCCUCCUGCCCUUCAAGCCAUUGCUUAGAAGGUCUCCCAGACCAGUGUGGCCAGACAGCUGCAGGAACUGGGAGGAAAGGUGCUGGCGGCAGCAAGGCCAUCCUGACAUGCAACCGAAGACCGGCCUUGUCUCCCAGUGGUGCUUCUGCCUCCAUGGUGGCUGGAGCCCCGCCCACGCCCUGCCCCCACCUGGCCCCCAGGGCCUCUCUGUCCUUAACCCCUCAGCAGCGCGCCGGUGCGAUGGAUGGAGCAGGGUUAGCCCAGAAAGCAAAUGUCUCUGAUCAGCAGGCCAGAGGGAGCCUCUGGAGUUGGGUUUGGCUGCUGGGAAUGUGGGGGCUGUGUGUGUAGUGCAAGGCCAGGCCAGGGCCAGACGUCCUGCCCCCUCAGGGGUCUGCCACAGACAAGCGUGGCAACCUGAUUCUCACACCCCUCCAGAGGAGGGACUCGCAUACAUUCAAGGCUGGGGGUGCUGGGGUGGGCCUCUGCUCUCACCUGGACUCACCUUGGGAGUGUCCCUGGACUCUGCGCACUGCAGGUGCCGGGGGUCUGAAAGGAUUUUUCCUUCCCAGAGGGCUCCAGGAAGACAAUGACCAAGGGGA